UGUGUGGAGGGUUCAGCAGAGAGAAGCUCCGCAGCUGCACAGAGAGGACGCUUGCACCCUGUAACCAGCCAGCAACUGGUCUUUAAGGCACCAAAUAACACCACUUGGAUGGCAGAACUUCGCGAAGAGACCGUCGGCUGACCUGCUGAAGCCCAAGCCUCCCGGAGAGCCGGUGAAAGCCGCUGUGGUCCGACACACUCCCCCCCCCGCCCCGGUCCUGCAGAGAUGUCAGCUUUCUCUGAUGCGGCUCUAGAGAAGAAACUGUCCGAGCUCAGCAACUCCCAGCAAAGUGUGCAGACCUUGUCGCUGUGGCUCAUCCAUCACAGGAAACACUCCAAGGCUAUUGUGAAUGUGUGGUUCAACGAACUGAAAAAAGCUCAGACGUCACGCAAGCUGACCUUCCUUUACUUGGCCAACGACGUCAUUCAGAACAGCAAAAGAAAAGGACCAGAGUUCACCCAGGACUUUGCACCAAUCAUUGUGGAGGCCUUCAAACAUGUUUCCAGAGAUGGCGAGGAGGGCUGUAAGAAACAGCUGGGUCGGGUUUUAUCCAUCUGGCAAGAGAGAGCUGUUUAUGAGAACAACCUAAUUGAUCAACUAUCCCAAGUCCUGUAUGGAGACAAGAAAGCUAAGAAAAGGUCAUAUGAGGAGAUUCAUCCUGACGAUGAAGGCUUUGCAUCCCAGAGUUCCCCGACCGAGCCCCCACAGAUAGCAGAGCUAAUCCGAGCUCUGCAGGAGCUGGAGAAUGCAGCUUCUGGCGAUUUGGUGCUACGUCAGCGCAUCUCAUCCCUUCCUGCUGAGGUGCAGGACACGUCACUCCUUCACAGAAUCACAGAUAAAGAAUCUGGUGAGCGGCUCUCCCGGCUGGUGGAGGAGGCCUGCAUGCUGCUGGCAGACUACAGCGGCCGCCUGGCAGCAGAGAUUGACGAUAGGAGACAGCUCACCCGAACGCUAACCGUUUUCCUGCAAAGCCAGAAGGACGGCUUGGCCCAGAAUGAGCAGAAACUUGAAGAAUACAAGCGCAAGCUGGCGAGGGUGACGCAGGUCCGGAAGGAGCUCCGGUCUCGUCUGAACAAUCUUCCAGAAGGACAUUACAACUCGUCGAAAAAAUGAAGCAUCUACACUCCCUCCUGCUCCUAUAACGACCCAUAUUCUCCAUCAUGGGCCAUCAUGCCCGUCCACAGUCAUUUGUGGUCCUUGUUCUGUUUCUGCCAGAUUAUUUAUCCUUGUCAUUUGUGGAAAGAGAUACCCUCAACUGUCUCUAAUGUGAAAGAUUGUGGUUUAAUUUUACAGUCGGUCACUGUAAACCCAGAUGAAUAAUCACUUGCAGGACUUUUUUUUUUUUUAUUGUUGCUGCCAUUUAAGUUUUACAACUUUGAAUUGCUGUGGCUGGUGUGAUAUUUUUAUACUAAUAGUGAUCUGAGAUAACGCACCAGAAUAUCCAUCCCUUUAGUGUGAUCAUUCAUAAUUACAGUAUUUAGUUGGGUUUUUUAAGAUUGAAUUUACUAACUAGGCAUAUACACUUGUCUCAUUCUUGAUUAGAGAUCAGUCGAGCAGUUGUUGGAAUUGUAAUAAAGAGAACUUGGAUUUUUGGCAGAUAUGUGAAAUGCUAAAUUCCACUUUGCAAACUGUACAGGAUUAUUAUUUACAUAAAACCUCUUUGUGAAAGGAUUGUGUAACAUUUUGAUGAGUGUACAAGAUUUUAUGUAAAUAUGGUGGAGUUUACAUCUUCUCUUACUCAUGUGUUUAUGAUUUGUAUCUCGUGAUCUCUGUUCUUGGGUAUCUCAGACCUGCAGAAUACUAAUAAGUGAUGGAGUGUGUUCUCUUGUUUGCUAUAUUGUUUGCUUCAUAGUUUUGUCUAUUGAAUGCUGUGCAGAUGCCUCUCACAACACUGAAAAGUGCCCCAGUUUUCCAAAGCAAGCUAUUUGUUUUGUACAUAUGAAGCGAAUGCUUCUUAGAACCAAAUAAAUAUAAAAUA